UCGGAGCCACAGCCACCAUCGUCGCGGAGAUGCUCGAGAACGAAAACGUGCCGAUAACCGAGGAGGACGCGACGCUGCUCGCGCUGGGAAUACACACCGACACCGGGUCGCUCACAUUCGAGGCGACCACGCCGCGGGACGCCGACGCCCUCGCGUAUUGCCUCCGCAUGGGCGCCAGUCAGAAAGUGUUGGCUGAGUACGUGAACCCGAGUUUAACCGCAGAGCAACGAGAGGUGAUCGCGCGGGGCAUGACGGACGUGGUAAAGACGACGGUGGAGGGGAUCACCGUGUCAAGGGUCCACGUGGAGUGCGAGGAGUACUCGCCGGGCAUGGCGACGUGCGCCAAGGAGGUUUUGGACCUGACGGAUUCGGACGUGCUCUUCAUGGCGGUUUCCUACGUGCACGGCAAGAAGAACCCGUACAGGCACGUCAGCGUCAUCGGCCGCGCCAAACCGGUCAAGACGGUCGACCUCGGCGCGUUGCUCAAAACGCACCUCAACGGCGGCGGGCACCCCAAGGCGGCGUCCGCGGCGUUCCGGAUGGAUCAGGAGAUUUCUUCGUCGAGUUCGCUCGAGGCGUUUCGCGCGAGCGGCGACGUGGAGGGAAUCCUCGACGAGCUGGUGCGACGCGUGUGCGUCGAGCAGGUCCCGCCCGAGCGCAAGGCUCGGGACGUGAUGAGGCACUCGCGACACGUGGUGGCGGCGACGCCGGAGAUGACCAUGGCGGAGGUUGGCGAGUUUCUGGACGUUCACGACCACCGAGCGUGCCCGGUGAUAUCGGGCGAGGGGAUACUCGUGGGCGUGGUGUCGGUCACCGAGGUGGACGUGGCGACGAUCAAAGGCCAGCUGGACAGACCGGUGAGCGGGUACAUGAAGCUUCGAAGCGCCGUCACCCCGAACACGCCGGUGAGCGAGUGCGAGCGGAUCCUGGUGGAGCAGGGCGAGGGGUGCAUACCGGUCGUGGCAAACUACGACGAGCCCCGCAGGCAGUGGCGGAUGGAGGGACUCGUGACCCGAGCGACCAUACUGAAGACGCACGAGUACUACAGGAGGAACAGGCUGCGAUCGAGGAACGGCGGCGGGCUGCUGGCGGAGAGGGACGGGGACAAGGCGGCGCCGAAGGUGACGGUCAACCCCGAGGUGUUCUUCGACUCGGAGAUGCUGGGUUUGGCGGAGAACACCAAGACGGUUCCGGAGGCGGACGACUCCGUCGCGGAUGCCGGCGCUUGAGACGAACCGUUUGGCUUAUUUUUGAAAUCGCACCUGAUAGGCGGGAGCGGCGAGACGAGCUUAGACCGUUAUUAAAGUGAGAGCUAAAACUGUUUCGCC